AUGCCGAAAGAUUCCCUCUUAUCUCGACAGAAGGCAUCACAAGAGCAGCAGCCUCUGCCACCUUCGCUUGGCGGCGCUGGUCAGGGUGGCGUUACAGAGGGCGUGAGCCAGUCGUCCGCCGCCAAGCUGUGCUACGUGUUCUCCUUCGCGGGCGUCACGUACAAGUUCUGGGACAGCAACGUGACCGGCGUCCAGGAGCUGGUGUAUGGGCCAGGAGACCCAGGCCCCAGCACCAAGACGCCCGGCGAGCUCGCCUACUACGAAAUAUGCAAUGAGGUGUGGGAUUCGAGCCAGGUAUUCGAGUUCGGCGUCGUCUCCAAACAGGGUGCCAACUGGGUCUCGCACCUAACGGAGUUCGUGGUGCCUCCAUUGGCUCGUUACCUGCGCGAAGAGUUCGGUGCACGCUGCUUCGGCGUUUGGAAUCUAUGGCACGACGAUUUCGCAGGCGUCUGCGGGGGCGGGCAAUACCCGCUGAUGCGGAACCUCUUCGGCGUCUUCUCCGACCACCGGUAG